GCCUUUUGUGUGCGUGUGUGUGUGUGCAGAGAGGAAGCCAAAGUCGAGAGAAGAGGAAGCAGUGGCUGUGUGCGUUGACGUUGAAGGUGUGGAGCUGAAGGUGUGUGUGGAGUUGUUUGACUGGCUGGCGAAGGACAAAGACGAACGGGGAUGGUUGCGUGGUUGACGAAGGAGCAGGUGGCGGAUACGCCAUCGAGGAAGGAUGGCAUUGAUGCAGAUCGGGAGGCACGCUACAGGCGAGAGUGCAUCCACUUUAUCAAGCAACUGGCCAUUCGAUUCCAACUAUCACCAAGAGUGUACAUGACAGCGAUGGUCAUCUUUCACCGCUUCUUCCUCACACAUUCGUUCAAAGACCUGUCCCGGCUGAACUUUGCGGCCGCGUGCCUGUUCAUUGGAGGCAAGAUUGAGGAGCAGCCGAAGCGAAUGCAGGACUUCCUUCCCGUGGUGCACGAGAUGAAGCAGCGCGCACGAAAGCUCGCGCCAAGCCCUCUCUCUCCAAACGGGUACGCGCGGCUGCGCUUCAUCUUGCAAGGGUGCGAACGUGCUGUCCUGCAGACCAUAGACUUUGAGCUCAGCUACGACCACCCGCUCGAGCCCCUCCUCCAAUACGCAAAGACUGAGAUUGCGGCCGCGCUGCUUGAGCUUGCGUCGCGAAAGUCAAGCGUGCGCCUCACUUACCCAGCACCAGCAGCACCAGCAACGCCAAACAAGUCGGCAAAGCCAUCAUCAGCAUCAUCAUCAACAGCACCACCACCAGCACCAUCAUCAUCGUCAUCAUCAAGCAACGCAGCGCCGGCCGCAUCAACCCGCGGCAGCGAAGAGCGGCCGUGGUUUGAGCACGCACUUCCACACAAGACAGACUUCAAAUUCGUCGACGAGAUCAUUGAGACGCUGGACGAGUUGUAUCGCCCGAAAGCGCCCGCAGGUGGCAGUGGCGCCAACUCAAGCGAAGUCUCCACGCCAAAGGAGUCUGCGCUGUCGAAUUCGACGACGCCCAUUGCAGACGAUGGGACGUCCCCGACAAAGCGGGCACGACUCGCUCCGCACAGCGCGCAGCAGCGGCAUGUACAACUACAGCAGCAGCAACAGCAGCAACAGCAGCAACAGCAGCAGCAACAGCAGCAGCAACAGCAAGGAGCAAGACAGGCGCCGUCAGCAUCAACAUCAACAACGGUACAAGCAACGGUAACUACGACAACAUCAACACAAAGGGCUUGAUAGCAGCGAACCUUUUUGUUGUUGGACCUCGCACACUCCUGCCAGCAAUGUUACAUCGACACUAGCUGUCUCCCUCCCUCUGUCUUGUUCUUGUUUGACACCGCCCCCCCCCCACUGCUGCUAUUGCUUGCGCGCUUCUUCGAGUAGUCAAGUGUGUUUUGUCUGUACAUAAACACAGUCCUUCAACC